CGUGGGAACCGCAGAAGGAGGCUGCGUCCGCAGACCUAGCUGUAAGCUGUACCGAGCCCCGGGCAUGGAGCUGCCGGAUCCGGUCCGCCAGCGGCUGGGAAACUUCAGCCGGACCGUGUUCAGUGACUCCAACCGGACCGGGCCGGAGUACAGCGAGGGUCCGGAUAAUGAAAUGGUGUCCAGUUUGGCAUUGCAGAUGUCACUUUAUUUUAACACUUACUUUUUCCCACUUUGGUGGGUAAGCAGCAUUAUGAUGCUUCAGAUGAAGUAUUCAGUCUUGCCUGAUUACUACAAAUUCAUUGUGGUCACUGUUAUCAUCUUAAUAACCUUAAUUGAAGCUAUCAGGUUGUAUCUGGGCUACGUGGGGAACCUACAGGAAAAGGUUCCUGAGUUGGCUGGCUUUUGGCUUUUGAGCCUUUUAUUGCAGCUGCCUUUAAUUCUCUUCUUGCUCUUUAAUGAAGGCCUAACAAAUCUGCCCUUGGAAAAAGCGAUACACAUCAUCUUCACUUUGUUCCUUACUUUCCAAGUUGUUUCAGCCUUUCUUACCCUGAGGAAAAUGGUAAAUCAGUUGGCAACUCGUUUCCAACUCCAAGACUUUGACCGGCUCUCUGCAUAUAGAGGGGGCAUGACAAGAAUGAGAUCCUGUAUAGAAGAGAUUUGACCCAAUGCUGUUGAGUGAAAAGCUGAAAGAUCAGCUUUUCUACCAGACUGCAAAGAGGAAAACAUCAGAGUUCUAGCAUGAGAAGAAGGACAAAGCAAGUGUUUUGAACUGUAUAUUCUCUAAGUCUGAAAUUCCAAAGUUGGGGGCAAUGAUGACUGUACAGUACAUGAAAAUAGUAAGUCAACCCUAAAGCCUAGAUAUUGUCCACCUUGUGCCAAAUAUCUUAAUAUUUUUGUUGUCCACUUUUCAGGUGUGUAGAAACUGGUGUUGGUAGUCACAGUUUACCAGCUUUACGGGAAUAUUUCUAGUUAGCACCUAAGACUAGAAAUGUGUAUAUUUCUUUUAAACUUGUUGGCUGUUCAUGUCUUGGCAGUAUAUCUGAAGCACAUGGCAAUUCUUGUCAAUAUUCUGGUGUAUUAAACUAUAUUUGUAAAUCAAGACACCAAAUUUUCAUAUCUGCUAAGGUUAAAUUCUAACCCUACUCUUAGCUUUUAUACUGAGGUUAAAAACAGGUGGAUUAUCAUGGUAUUUAGGAAAUCAUAAAAUCGUAAUUUUCAUAAAACCAUGCUCAUGGUGGUGUUCAAGAUGUCUUUAUAAUAAAUUAUGAAAUAUUUCUGUUAAA